CCUCGGCUCGCUCGGGGGACGCGGCGGGAGGCAAGGGGCGCGCGGCCCCCGGGGCGCCCGACGGCAGCGCCGGGGGUAGUGGGGAGUUAACAAAGCUCAUCGGGCUUCCUGGGGCGCGGAGGCCGGAGUCGGGGGUGCGGAUGCGCGGGUCACGGGUGGGGUCGGAGCCCCGGGGCGUGGGGGCGCGGGGCGGGUGUCUCACGGCGUAUCUUGUCUCGCUGAUGCCGGGCGGUGGGCAGGGGCAGGGCGCUGCACUUGACCGGAGCCGUCGGGACCCCGGAGACCUGGGCGCCAGUCCCCGCCCCCCCGCCGCCUGUCUGUGCUGCGCGGGGAUGCCCCGGGCUCGACCCGGUUGGUCGGCGCCCAGCGGCUGGGGGAUCCCGGCUGGGCUCCCCACCCGCCCCUCUCUCUUCUGGUCCCGGGCGGGCGAGGGAGGUGCAGCCUUAGGGGUGCUGAGGUAACACCCGAGAACUUCCCGGGGAGAGGGUGCACGGGGGAUUUCCAGUCUUCUCAGCGGCCCACUCAGCGGGGUGGUGUGGGGAGGGCCCUGGGGGUGUUCCGAGACCGCGGUGGGGUGCUCCUUUUCCUCCACUUCCCACGACCCCCUGGCACGCCCCGAGGCGUCCCGGGUCCCUUCCUCCCCACCGCCCCGCCGCCUCCUCGGGUUUGAGAUGGGUGGGUGGCUUUGCGUGGGCCGAGGAUUUCAGGGUUUGGGGGCUCCCCCAUUCUAGGUCUCGCCUCCUCCCCUCUUCCUUGGCCAGCGUUGGCUGAGGUGUUCCUGUGGUGGGCGAAAUCAGUACGUUGGCUAGUGGCCUUGGUCCUUAACCCUUUGGGUCUGUUUUAAGGUAAAUUCCUCGCAGUUUGGGAGGCAAAAAUUUCUAUUUAUUGGGAUUCCUUUUGGAAUUUCUCUCAAGAAGGAAGUGGAAGAAGAAUCUUUUCUUUUUUUCCCUCUUCCUCCAUUUGCAUUCUUUGUGAGGUCUGUCUGCCUUGUGCUUUUUGUCCCGGAUUAGUCUUGUUCAAGGAUGGAGAUUCCCAGGAGUGGAGUCUGUAGCUUUUGGCUUCCAUUAAGCAAAUUCUCUAACCCUUUAAAGGGAAAGUUAAUUUUUGCUUACAGUCAUUCCAGAAAAAUAGCCUACGCUGACUAGAUGGAUUAUGCACUUAAGAUUGUAACUUACAUAUGAUUAAUUAAAAGAAGAAUGAACAGUAAUCCUGAAGAUAACUGGGCAGUUUUUCUUUAGGUUUCAUUUUUAAUUGUAGAAGUUCAAGUGGAGUCAGAGACUCUUCUUAACUGGUGUGAGGAUUUAUACAAGCCUUCAUUUUGUCCACACAGACCAACAGAUCAUCAUUUUUAGAGAAGAUACUUUUUUUCCUCCUUUUUUGGUGUCCUUGGUGCCAAAUACUAAAUUUGGGUGCAUAAUUUUGACUCAAGUAAUUGCAUAAACUUUUUGCGUGUUGUGCUUAAAACCAAACCAAACUAUUGCGUUGAACUUGGACAUCUUGAAUUGAGAGAACUGGUAACUUUAUUUUAAUACGUAUAUCUGAAGAACUUAGGAAAACAAAGGCUUCCUUGGAAGUGUGCCUCUUAAAAUUAUUUUCUGUGUUAUUAGACAAUAAGAAAUUUUAUAGCACUUGAAGUGAAAUUAUACUUGGAGUAUAAGCAGAACCAAAACAAAGUUGCAAAAUCUAUUGAGUAGUUUAGGGAGAUCUCUUUGGAAAUUUAAAUUUUCUGUUUGAAUAAGUUACCAUAAGUAUUGGUAUACAUUGUGUUUCUCUCUUCAAAUAAGCAACUAGUUAACAAUGCAAAUCUCAGACUUACUUAUUUAACACAAUAGUUUUUAGCAAUGGAAAACCUACAGACAAAUUUUUCCUUGGUUCAGGGCUCAAAUAAAAAACUGAACGGGAUGGGAGAUGAUGGCAGCCCUCCAGUGAAAAAAAUGAUGACAGACAUUCAUGCAAAUGGAAAAAUGAUGGUAAACAAGAUGCCAACUGUAAAGAAGGAACACUUGGACGACUAUGAAGCGCCAAUGGAAACUGAUGAAGAGCAUGUCAAGAGAACCUGUGCCUCUGUGCCUGAACCUUUACAUUUAAAUCCCAGUUUGAAACACACUUUGGCACAAUUCCAUUUAAGUAGCCAGAGCUCUCUGGGUGGACCAGCAGCAUUUUCCGCUCGGUAUUCCCAAGAAAGCAUGUCACCUACUGUGUUUCUGCCUCUUCCAUCUCCUCAAGUUCUUCCUGGUCCACUGCUCAUCCCUUCUGAUAGCUCGACAGAACUCACCCAGACUGUGUUGGAAGGGGAGUCUAUUUCUUGUUUUCAGGUUGGAGGAGAAAAGAGACUCUGUUUGCCCCAAGUCCUAAAUUCUGUUCUCAGAGAAUUUUCACUCCAACAGAUAAAUACAGUAUGUGAUGAAUUGUACAUCUAUUGUUCAAGGUGUACAUCAGACCAGCUUCAUAUCUUAAAGGUCCUGGGAAUACUUCCAUUCAAUGCCCCGUCCUGUGGGCUGAUCACAUUAACUGAUGCACAAAGACUGUGUAAUGCUUUAUUGCGGCCACGCACUUUUCCUCAAAAUGGUAGUAUACUUCCUGCUAAGAACUCAUUGGCCCAGUUGAAGGAAACUGGCAGUGCCUUUGAAGUGGAACAUGAAUGCUUAGGCAAAUGUCAGGGUUUAUUUGCACCCCAAUUUUAUGUUCAGCCAGAUGCCCCGUGUAUUCAGUGUCUGGAGUGCUGUGGAAUGUUUGCGCCUCAGACAUUUGUGAUGCAUUCUCACAGAUCACCCGACAAAAGGACUUGCCACUGGGGCUUUGAAUCAGCCAAAUGGCAUUGCUAUCUUCACGUGAACCAAAAAUACUUAGGGACACCUGAAGAAAAGAAACUGAAGGUAAUUUUAGAAGAAAUGAAGGAGAAAUUUAGCAUGAGAAAUGGGAAGAGGAGUCAAUCCAAGAUGGAUACACCACCAGGAAUGGAAUUACAGUCAUGGUAUCCAGUUAUAAAGCAGGAAGGUGACCAUGUUUCUCAGACACAUUCAUUUCUACACCCCAGCUACUACUUAUACAUGUGUGAUAAAGUGGUUGCCCCAAAUGUGUCGCUUACUUCGGCUGUAUCCCAGCCUAAAGAGGUCACAAAGACAGAGGCAAGUAGAUCUAUACCAAGACACUCAGAGAAGCCUCACAGUAGUGGGAAACAUCAAAAAAUAGUGUCUUAUCCAGAUGUUUCACUGGAGGAACAGGAGAAAAUGGAUCUAAAAACAAGUCGAGAAUUAUAUAGCCGCUUAGAUCCAUCAGUCUCGAAUAAUUCUACAAGCAAAAAGAAACCUGAGCCUACCACUUGCAACUUAGCCAGAGACACAGGCAAGGCAGGAAUUGACCGUGAUGCUGCAGCUUCGUCUCCACUUCUUGUCAAAGAUGUUAUUUGUGAGGAUGAUAAGGGAAAAAUCAUGGAAGAAGUAAUGAGAACUUAUGUAAAACAACAGGAAAAACUGAACUCAAUUUUGCAGAAGAAGCAACAACUUCAGAUGGAAGUUGAAAUGUUGAGUAGUUCAAAAGCUAUGAAGGAACUCACUGAAGAACAGCAGAAUUUACAGAAAGAGCUUGAGUCUUUGCAGAAUGAACAUGCUCAAAGAAUGGAAGAAUUUUAUGUUGAACAGAAAGACUUAGAGAAAAAAUUAGAGCAGCUGGCAGAACUGAGACAGAGAUUGGACCAUGCCGAGGCUGAUAGGCAAGAACUCCAGGAUGAACUCAGACAGGAACGAGAGGCAAGACAGAAGUUAGAGAUGAUGAUAAAAGAGCUAAAGCUGCAAAUUUUGAAAUCAUCGAAGACUGCUAAAGAAUAGAAACCUUUAAAUAGAUUCAUCUGUGUGUUCCCAACAGGGUUUAUUUUUGUUUGUUUGUUUAUUUGCUUUGGUAAUUGAAUUCUGAACAAUUUAUCUGCAUGAAAAUAACUAGGCAUUGUAUCCAUUUGUAGAUCAGAGAAAGUGAAGAGAUUAUAUAUUAGUAUAUAAAUUUUUACAUUUUCCAAAUGAAUGAAAAUGUAUGUUUCUUUGUACUUUUUUUUCAACCAGCUUAGUAACAAUACUUUACGGUUUCAACUAUUACAUAAUCUGCCUAUAUUUCUAAUGCAAUUUAGCAGUUGCAUACUUUUUAAAAGCUGCAUUGUGUGAUGGAAAAUAGUUUUGAUCAAUUUUGUUAUCCAUAUUUUAGAUUCAAUUUUAGAUACAAUGGUGGCUUCAUAUUUCAUAUAUAGAGCUACUCAAGGUGUUGAAUCUCCAUUUUUUUUCAUGAACACAAUCUCCUUUCUAAGUUAAUAUAGUAUACUCAUUAUUAUAAUCAAAAUUUGCUUUUAUUUUGUUCAUAUUGUUGAAUUUCCACCAGUUCUCCUCUAUUUAAUAUCUCCUAAGAGACAUUUUGUCAAUAGAGGAAUUUCAUUGUUGAGGUUAUAGCACACCCCAUGGGGAAGGAUAACAUGCUUUCUUAUACACUGCUGCUAAACACAAGAAGCGGUUAUAAUUAGAUUUUCUGUUUAAAUGUGGUUAUAUUUAGAAAAAAAAUUUUAUGCAGCGACUUUAGAAGAGGGAAUAAAAUGUAAUAAUUUUUGAACUUUUGUUUAUGUUGUUAAUAGUGGUGUGAAAAUAUUAAUGUACUUGAGAAAAAUUGAUGUACAUCAGUUCCCAUACAAUCCAUAAUCCUCCUGUACAGUUUUUAUAUGUAGUUGUGGGUCUUCCUGAAACUUAUAUAAUGGAUUUGUCUUCCUUUAAAUUGUAAAAUAUUAAACACUUUGAAGGUUAUUUUGGACUUUUGUAUGUUUAAAUGUUAAGUCUUACCAAAAUGUGCACGAAUGGACCAUUUUCAGUUACUAUUUAAUAUCAAAAUCAGGAAUUUACAGUCAACUGGUAGUGUGUGAUAGGUUAAUAUAGGGAAGUUUAGUUAUCUGCUACUAAAAGGCUUUUAGAUAAUUUUUAGAAGACAGGAAUUCCAUAGUUUGGGGGAGGGGCAACUUCUUCUGCACUUUUCUUUUUUUUUUGCACAGAAAAUCCUGUCAUUCUUUAAUGGCAAAUUUCAUAUUAGUUAAUUCUUGGCUUAAAAGAUACUAGGUAAAAUUCUUAGUAUGCAUUUUUUAAAGAAAGUUUCCUGAAGCUACCAUUAAUUGACAUUAUUAUCCCAUGAGUUUUAUGUUUAUGUUCUCGUGUAAGGUACUGUAUGAAAUUAACUUGAGAGCUAAGUUUAUUUUUUAAAUAUAUCAGCUAAGGUUAAGGUUAUUUACUAUUCCCAUCUUAGAUGAUAGAUCCUUGGUAUAGAACUUCAAAAAAAUAAGUAGGUUAUCAUUUAACCAGUUAUUUUCAUAUUUUGCUUAAUGGUACUUAUAUAUCCUAAAAGAAUUUUUGUACUUCCCAAAUACUAGAGUAUGGUCUAAAUGUGUAUUUUCUAUUUUCCAUUUAACUUCGACUAUAUUAGACCUGCAAUUAAUUUGUUGAUUCUUGUUCCUCCUUAAGGAGGAACACAUGUUAAAAUGACAUAUAGGAACAAAUAUUAAAAAUGACAUACCCUCCUAAUACCUUUUCUUUAUCUGGAGAAAGAAAAAUCACAAAUACAUUUUAUGAUACCGUUUCAUUUUAGUUGUGUGUUAGUUGUGUCACAGCUAAGCUUUUUGGGACAUAUAAUUCAGGCCCCUAUAAUUUCAUUUAUUUUUCUAAUUCACUCAAUCUACUUAUGUUACUCAGUUAAAUGGUAAGCUUACUUACAUUUCAACUCAAAACUUCUAAAACAAAUUGCUUAAUCUUUGAAAUAUGUUAUUUAAAAAUUCUAAGCAAUGCUUAAUCACCUUUAAAUUAUCAUAAACUCUUAAUGUAGCGUUGAGUAAAGAACUAUUUUUUCUAGUUCUUCACAUAAGGGAAACUUGCCACAUGAAAUUGUAGUCUUCAUUUUCCAGAAGAUACACUGAUGUGCCAUCAGUUUCUGUCUAACUUCUUUGAAAACGUUUUUUUUAGUCAAUUGUAAAUAGUAUGCCUAUUAUAGUUAAAAGUAAUUUCAAGUUAAACUGUACAACGUAGCUUGAAAAUAUAGAGACUUUGUAAUACUCUACAAGUGGCCUCUGCUAAAAUAUCCAUAUAAUUAUUCUAUUUUUGCAUGCUCAUUUUGUGUGUUGGUUGCUAGCUUAAAGUUUGUUUCAGUGUUAGUUUUUGUGUGCCAAUUCAUCAGGCAAGCGGAUUUUCCCUCAGACGUCAUAAUAUUUUUCUUUCUAGGAAAAAUAUAAAAAUAUUUACUUUAAAAAGCUGCAUUAAAGGAACAGCCUAUCAAAAGUGCUAGAGCAUCUUUAAAAGGAAGAAAAGAUAGAAUGUUAGUUUACUGGGUGAUGAGUAAUGUUUAAUUUGGGUGAUGAUAGUUUCUAUACUCUAAACUUUGUGAGAAAAAGGUACCAAAUCUAUAGUAAAUGUAAAACCUGCUGUCAUUGAGGAAGCUCUAAACAACCCUUAUUUCACAAAUGCAACUUUUAACACUAGGAAAGGCUUUGACCAACAAUGUAAGUUUGGCUUGUGCUUUAGUUUUGUAAAGCAUAUUCUUUUGCUUGAAUUUCUGUGUCCAGGAGAGUCAGGAUGUUUUAUGGUUCUUGAACUAAUUUUAUAACAUAUUUAAUAUAUUACCAGUUGAGCUAUAAAAUCAUUUGUACAUAUUGAAUUGAAAACCAGUUACUAAAGUAGGUGUAAUAGACUGAGUACAAUGAUACUUGCAGGUUAUCCAUAUAUUUUAGAAGACAUGACAGAACAACCAUUUUAUUUGCACAUCUAUGGCUUCUGUUUGAAGGAAAGUAAAAUGAUAAAGAAACUUGAGUAAUAUGAAACAUGCUCAAGGUUAUUUCCCUAAAUGUAAUACGAAAGCUGGUGCUGAAGGUUUUUGAUCAGUUUCUAAAAUUUUCUUCUCAAUGACUUAUUUUUGAUUGCUUAGGGAAGAAUCCUCAUUUUUAUUUGCUCUUACACAUUUAAUCUGCACGACAGGAUAUUAAAAAUUAAUGGAAUGAAAAGUUGUGCUCAUACUGUACAUCUGUUUCUGUGCUUGAAACUACUUGUUAGUUUUUAUUGAGCUGCCAGCAAUAAGGGACACAUUACUGCUGUAUUAUACAUUGUGGGGUUGAAUAACUUAAACAGCUUAAAAUUUUUUUCUAGUGUAAGACACUUAAGAAUUUCCAUUAUUGGAAGAAAUUUGUAUGGGUAUUCAAUAUUGCGUCUUGUUUAAAAGGACAGUCUUUUUUUUAUUUUGUAAAAUCUUUCCAUUUUAAUUGGCUUCUAAACUAUAAUACAUAAUGCAAUUUUGAGCCUGUUUUUUAGUGAUAGAAUUAAAUGUCUUAUAUAGUGCUACUGUGUUUGAAUUAAAGUGAACAAAUGUAAAAACCGAAAUUUUAAAAAUUAAGCCCAGAAAACAAAAUAGUGUAUUAAGUUAGUUGAAUGUAAGAGAAAUUCGUAAGAUUUUUUUUUCUUCAAUAUAAAUACCUCACUUGAAAAUAAAGCACAGCAUACUUAAAGUAGUUCUAGUAAAAAAAAAAAAAAAUCCUACUAAAAGAAUUGCUAAAUCUUGAAUAACUCUUGGGGAAUUAUAGUUUGGGAGAAAUAAAAUAUACUUGCUUUUAACCACCCUGUUAGAAGUAUUUAUUUGUCCUGAUAAUUUUAAGCCAACACAGUAGUCUUAAAGUAUUUCUGAAGUUCUAAUCUGUGAAGGCAGUAAAUGAAAGAUCUGUUGUGCAACUGUUGAAACAAAUUGUUGACUACAUUGACCAUAAUUCAAUUUAAAAUCUUGCCAAUGAUGUACAGUUUUAUGGUUAAAAUUGCUGUGGUUGGUUGUAUUACAUGACACACAAAACUGUCCUCUACCUCACGUGAAAUAAAUAUUUUAUAUGGUUUUACUAUAAAACAAGACUCAUCUAUCUGGUCACUUAGUUUACAAAUUUUGAAUUAUAUUUAUUGAAACAUGACAUACUGUGCUCUUAGCUUAUACCUCAACUGUAUUUUGUGCUGUUCUCCAUUUUCAUGCCUUGUAAAUAACUUGUAUAGAUUGUGGAUUAAAUUCCAAAUAAAAACUUUUAAUGCCAA